AUGUCUACCCUCCUGGCUCUCGGGCUCUUCUUGGCUGGACUCUGCUCCAGUGUCCACUGCCUCCCAGAGAACAUGACCCCUGAAAAACAGCACAAAGGGGCAUCUGUGGAUGACCACACAUUAGCCUCCAGCAGCACCGACUUUGCCUUCAGCCUCUAUAAGCAGCUGGCUUUGGAGAACCCCAGUAGGAACGUCAUCUUCUCCCCUCUGAGUGUCUCCAUAGCCUUGGGCUUCCUGUCCUUGGGGGCUCGUGGCUCCACCCUGACGGAGAUCCUGGAAGGUCUCAAGUUCAACCUCACAGAGACCCGGGAGACAGAAAUCCACCAGGGCUUCCAGCACCUCCUGCAGACGCUCAAUCGACCUAGCAAUGAGCUGCAGCUGAGCGUGGGCAACGCCAUGUUUGUGCAGGAGGAGCUGAAGCUGCUGGACAAGUUCAGGGAAGAUGCCCGGGCGCUGUACGCCUCCCAGGCCUUCCGCACCGAGUUCAACGAUUCCAACGCCGCCAUGAAGCUCAUCAACGACUAUGUGAAGAAUAAAACCCAGGGGAAAGUUGAGGACUUGUUCAAGGACCUUGACCCGCUCACGAAGAUCAUCCUGGUGAAUUACAUCUACUUUAAAGCCCAGUGGAAGACCCGCUUUGACCCCAAACACACUCAGCAGGCAGAGUUCCACGUGAGCGAGAACAAGACGGUGGAGGUGCCCAUGAUGAGCACUGGGGGCCUAGAGACCCCUUACCUCCGGGACGAGGAGCUGGGCUGCACGCUGGUGGAGCUCACGUAUACCAGCAACGACAGCGCCCUCCUCAUCCUCCCUGACAAAGGCAAAAUGCAGGACCUGGAAGCCAAGCUGAACCCAGAGACGCUGACAAGGUGGCGAGAAUCACUGCAGCCCAGUUUGAUAGACACCCUCUACCUGCCCAAGUUUUCCAUCUCCAGUGACUAUAAUCUGCCACACAUCCUUUCUAAGCUGGGCAUCCAGAAAGUCUUUACCGCAGAGGCUGACCUGUCAGGAAUCACAGAUGUCAUGGACUUAGGAGUUUCCCAGGUGGUCCACAGCGCUGUGCUGGACGUGGAUGAGGAGGGCACGGAAGGAGCUGCUGCUACGGGAGUGGAACUUUCUCCCAGGUCCGCAUUUAUGACUAUUGUGCGUUUCAACAGGCCCUUCCUGAUUGCCAUAGUUCUCAAAGACACCCAGAGCAUCAUCUUUUUGGGGAAGGUCACCAACCCCAGUCAAGCCUAG